AUGCCCAGAAUAACGGCAUCUAAUGCGUUCGCCGAACUACAGAGCCAGGGUGUUAUUAGUAAAGAAGAUCCCAAUGCCCUUUUUACAGACCUUCAUCAAAUUGGUGCUGGGAAUUUCGGAAUUGUUUACCGGGCUCGUGAUAAAAUUACCGGAGAAAAUGUAGCAAUCAAGAAGUUGAAAUUUGACGCCAAAAGAAAGUUUUUGUCGGAAGACUUGAAUGACAUGAUACGUGAAAUAAAAUUCCUCAGUAUCGUCAAGCAUAAGAACUGUAUCGAGAGCAAAGGCUGCUAUCUAGACCACAACAUACCCUGGCUUGUAAUGGAAUAUUGCCUGGGUUCCGUUGCUGACAUUCUCGAAGUACAAAAACAUCCCUUGAAGGAGUUGGAAAUCGCCGCUAUAGUCAAGGAAGUAUUCUGUGGACUUGUUUUCCUUCAUUCCAAAAACUACAUCCACCGCGACAUCAAGGCCGGCAAUAUCUUGUUUUCGGAACAUGGUGGUGUCAAAAUAAGUGACUUCGGAUCCGCUAGCUUCCAAAGUCCGGCAAACAGUUUCGUCGGAACUCCAUUUUGGAUAGCUCCUGAAGUCAUAAUGGCAAUGGAAAGUGGACUAUACGACACUCGUGCAGAUGUUUGGUCACUAGGCAUUACAUGCAUUGAAAUGGCUGAAUUAAAGCCACCCUACAUGGAGUCGGGAAACAGCAUGUCCGCUCUCUAUCAGAUCGCCCUUCACCCUCCGCCAAAACUUCGUCCUGCGAAUUGGACGCCUCAGUUCCACCAAUUUGUCGACUUUCUUCUCCAGAAAAAGGCAAGUACCCAUGCAUUCUUAAAUUGA